AUGACAUUCUCGCGGUGGGGAGGGAAGUGGGCCGAAGGGCUUGCCGCUUUGGGAACCGCCCGUGAUCGAGCCGCUAGACCGCAUGCGGCUAGCGGGGAGAUCUUCCACGGGACCUGCCAUCGAUUGAGGAUGGCAGCCCUUCCGGCGGAGUCCUUCUCCAUGCCUUCAACGCUCAACUGGUGGACAACCUGUGGACAAUGCCAGAUGUUGAUGCUGAGGGUCCCUUUGACGAGCUGUCGUCUUCCCAUCCGCCGCUACUCAACCCUCGGGUCUAGGGGAAUGGAGUGGGGACUGCUCCUGUGA